CCUUCCAAUCCGUCUUUUCUGGUGUGUGUGUGUGUUCUUUUUUAAGGAAUGUAAAUAAAAAUACACUCACUCAUCCCCUUCUUAGAAGAUUCCACUAUUGGAGUUUCUAUAUCCCUUUUGGCCUCCCUGUAUUUGCGUGUGAUCCAAGUACUCCCCUUUUCACUCUUUGCACUCAAAAAGCUAUUCCAAGAAUCACAUAACAAAGAGAGAGAGAGAGAGAAAAAGCUAUUACUAUGUGGUUGACUAUGCGUAAAUAAGAAUCAGAAUUCAGAAAAAAAAAGUGUACUUGAACUGGGAUUCAUCUGAUUCCUUAACUUGUCUCUCUGCUGAUUCAUAAUCUCUUUUAAGGUGGUGGGGGUUGGUGGAAGGUGUUUCUUUUCAUGCAUGUGGAAUAAUUUGAAUUUCUCUUGAAGCAAUUCAAUUAGAGUCCAUUGAUUUAUCAAACCAUAUAGGGCGUUGCUUCAAGGGAAAAAAAAUGACACAAAAGAAAGAAAGAGCUUAUUGGGUGCUGCGGAACUGAAGAUAUUUGAGCUUAACUCGAAGAGGUUUUGCCAACCCCAACCUGCAGCAAAUAAUUUUGCAUGGGUUGGUUUACUAAGUUGCUUAAGGGAUCCAACCGUAAAUCCUCAGGAGGAAGAUAUCAUGGGAAAUAUGAAGAUGGCAGAAUAUCGGACAAUCUUGAUUGUUCAGCGGAUGAUUUGACGGAUAUUGAGAAAGAAGAAAUUGGUCGGGCAAUAGCACUCUCUCUUUCAGAGGCAGAUAAGAAAGGGAAAAAAGUUAUUGAGGACGACUCUGAAUCUGAAGAUGAUGAACUGUGUCCACUUAGCGACGAGGAAGCUGAAUCUGUUGGUGAAGUUCAGCAAGAUGAAGAUGACCAUCAUGCUAAAAUUCAACAGGAUGAAGACAAACAUCUUGAUGAAGUUCAACUUGAGGAAGAUGAACAACUUGCCAGGGCAAUUCAAGAAAGUUUGAGCAUUAGUUCUCCUCCUCGAUCUGAGACUGAUUCUUUAUUUCAACCUUUUGCACACUUAUUUCCACCUGUAUACAGAAUCUGUGCUGGCUGUAAUGCUGAGAUUGGCCAUGGAAGAUUUUUGAGUUGCAUGGGAGGUUAUUGGCAUCCAGAAUGCUUUUGUUGCCAUGCUUGCAAACUUCCAAUCACUGAUUAUGAGUUUUCUAUGUCUGGAAAUCGUCGUUAUCAUAAAUCCUGCUAUAAGGAGUUGCAUCAUCCAAGAUGUGAUGUUUGCAAGAACUUUAUUCCACCAAAUUCAGCUGGUCUCAUUGAGUAUAGAGCACAUCCUUUCUGGCUACAAAAAUAUUGUCCAUCGCAUGAGCGUGAUGGUACUCCUCGCUGUUGUAGCUGUCAAAGAUUGGAGUCAGUGGAUACCAAAUAUCUGUUGCUUGACGAUGGUCGAAAGCUGUGCCUGGAGUGUCUUGACUCAGCUAUCAUGGAUACUCAUGAAUGCCAACCUCUCUAUGUCGAAAUACAAGAGUUUUAUGAGGGUUUACAUAUGAAGAUAGAGCAGCAAGUUCCGAUGCUUUUGGUUGAGAGACAAGCACUGAACGAGGCUAUGGAGGGAGAGAAGAAUGGUCAUCAUCACUUACCUGAAACCAGAGGACUUUGCUUGUCCGAAGAGCAAACUGUUCCCACUAUUUUAAGGAGACCAAGGAUAGGAGCAGGAUACCAGCUCAUAGAUAUGAUAACCGAGCCUUUUAGGCUGGUCCGUCGUUGUGAAGUGACAGCCAUACUUGUUUUGUAUGGCCUUCCUAGGUUAUUGACUGGAUCAAUCCUGGCUCACGAAAUGAUGCACGCAUGGCUUAGACUUAAAGGCUAUGGCAAUCUGAGGCCAGAAGUUGAAGAGGGAAUUUGCCAAGUCUUGGCUCAUAUGUGGUUAGAAUCAGAGAUUAUUCCUGGCACUGGGGAUGAAGGUGCAUCAUCAUCAUCAUCAUCAUCAUCCUCAUCGCCUUCGUCUUCUUCAUCAUCAAAGAAGGGUAAACGUUCCGACUUUGAGAAGAAACUAGGUAAGUACUUCAAACACCAGAUUGAGUCAGAUAGCUCAGCAGCUUAUGGAGAUGGAUUCAGAGAGGGUAACCAGGCUGUGGCUAAGUAUGGACUUAGAAGAACCCUUGACCAUAUCCGAUUGACAGGAAGUUUUCCAUAUUGAAAAAAUGGUAUUUGACCCUUUUAGAGUGAGUAAUUCACUUUAAAGAACAAAGUAAGGGACCUCAACUGUUGAUGAGAUAAUUAAAGAGUUGUUUGUUAAACUUUAACAAAUCCAUGAACCGUUGAUUUUUCAUCAAUGGUUGAAACUUACUUUUCUCUGUAAAGUAAAGAUUCACUUUAGAGAAAUCAAAUCCAGAAAUAUGAUACAAUUUUCUUUCCUUUACACCAACCAAUAUAUCAACUUUGUCUUUUAAAUUAUGUAGGAUUCAAAGGUUCCAAAAUUAUAUAGUUUUCACGCUACUCCGGACUAGUAAGGAAUGAAAAAUGCUCCUGUUAGUCUGCGGUUGCCGAAAUCUUUCUUUUCCUUUUUUUUUUCUUUUUCUUUUAGGGGGGUGCUGAUGAGGAGUGAUGAAAUGUGCAGUUUCUGCAAGUUCCAGAUAAAUGUAGGCAGAUAAAUGUAGGCACCUCAGAUUCGAUAUGUAUUACAAAAUACCUUGCAACAGUUGAAAAUGAUAAAACAGUUGAAGUAAUUAUAGUAAAAGUUUGUAUAUUUUGUAUUUUGCUGA